AUGCCCAAUAUCGACGAGGGAUCAGGUUCUGAGGCGGAAGCCUUCCCAUCGCGACCUAAGAAAGCGCAGAAUGGAACCAAGGUUAAUGGGGAUGGCAAGUCGGGGAAAUCUGUAGCUGAAGAGGAAGGCCCAGCGGUCAGCUGCCAGUCUUGUCGAAGAAAGAAAGCGAAAUGCUCCCGGCGGCAGCCAUGCUCACAAUGCGUGAGAUUCAAUAUCGACUGUCUCUACGAUGAUAAAAAGACAAAGCCGGGGUUACGAACGGGCGCCGUCGAAAACUUAAAUCAGCGUGUUGUCGCACUGGAGAACAUGUUCCUUGGCCAAGGUGUACUUUGGCAGCAGGUCUGGAACUGCUUAUCUUCUAUCCAAGCCCAGCCAUCGCCGGCUCUGCCCGACGAUACUACUUCUGGGGCUACUUUGAAAGAAUGCACCGCACGAUUGAAGCGUACAUUAUCGACCUUGUCCGUAGAAACUCUUGAAACAGUAAAGCCGACCAUGGAGCCCCCUCGAAAGAAAAGGCGCAAUUCUACAGAUACUCAAGAUCAGACCCAACUGAAGCCUCAACCGGCCACAUCUGAUGCUGACGAGAAUGACUUGCCACCUGACGAUCUUAUAGACGAUUUAGUUGAAAUCUACUUUAGGAGUAUUCACCCCUGGAUUCCCAUAUUACACGUCAGACACUUCCGAGCGAGGAUGAAGAUACCAGACCAACGUCGAAAUCUCACAACCAUUUUUCACGCCAUUGUAUCGUUAUGUAUUCGAUUCUCGGAGGACGCAAGGGUUAGCGAUCCCAAUGUUAGGGCUAGAUAUUCGAAACGAAGUAGGCAGACUGUUAUUCUGCAAAGUAUGGAAUCUUUCUCUGUUGAGAACCUGCAGGCGCUGGUGAUUUGCGCCUUUGACACAAUUGGAAGCGGCCGUGGGCCUUCUGCAUGGUCUAUUGUGGGAAGUAUGACACGCACUGUUGAACAAUUGCAGCUCAGUGUGGAAGACGAGGAUCAAACUAAAUCUGCCGAAUUUCUCAUCAAGCGAAUGGCAUUUCUCGCACCUUGCAAAAGCUGGAUAGAAAGAGAAGAACGACGACGAUGGAACUUCUCUUUGACCAGCGCUGAUGUCAGAAGACGACUGCCAUGCGAGGGCGCGUUAUGGGAGGAGGGAAAUCCACUUAACACCCCAACGCCCUACUUUGGGGUUGCCGACAAGUCGACAAAUAGUGCUCUUCCUACCUCGCGACCUGAACUGGACGACCAAGCAUCAAUUGGAGGAUUUGCGUACUGUAUUGAGGCAUCGGAAAGCUUGAGUCUCGUCAGUACAUUCUUCUUACGCCAUGCGGUUAAUGUGUCCAACAUCCACGAUGUGCAAGUAUGGCUGAUGAGAUUCAAAGAACUUGACUUGCGGCUAGUACAGUGGAAAAUAUUCUUACCCGAGCGCUGGCGCGAAGCCUGCGCUUUGAAUAGUGAUGGUAUCAUGGACCCGAACUUAACAUUGGCACACAUAACGCACAAUACGGCAGUCGGUCUUUUGCAUCAAGGGAUUGCCUAUCCUUCACAAGAAUGGCAAUCAAGUCCAAUCCGUCUCCCUUCAGUGUCCAGUGCCGAAACGUGCUUGGCUGCUGCGACCGAAGUCGCCGUCAUCGCAGAGAAAUAUUUGCAGGAUUCUCUAUCUCUCACAAACCCCCAGUUCGCGUUCUGUCUUUUCAUGAGUGGGAGAAUGCUUCUGGCUCACUCUCUUCACUUCAGCACGUCUCUUCCACCGCAAUUUGAAUUAUUGACGAACAGUCUAUUUGAGAUUUCACGGCGCUGGAAUGGGCCAGCGGAAAGCGAAACAGACAAUCUUGCAUCCAAAUUUGCCUCCAGAUUAGUCCAGGCCCGGUAUAAAGGCCUGAAUUCCUUGGAUAUCCGUCAAGCAGCAUAUUCGGAAGAACAAAUCAGUGAUGGUAUGAACUCUACCACUGGCCCAAACAUGCGAUCAGGCGCUAGCAGCCUCUAUCCUAUGCCAGGAAUCGCAGGUACCGCACUGCCACCAUCUAGUACCCCAUUGAAGAAUGACGAAAGAGAAGACGGCAACAUGGAGUCCACGAUGAUCAUGGACCAAGAGGAUUCGCCAGACAGUAUAUCACUCACAUUCCCUCCAUUGCCACCGGCCUUCCAACCCCACCUUGCCAGCAACACCCAGACAAGGAUUUCUUCGCCAGUGUUAAGCGGCAUGGACGCUAACACAUGCUACAGUCAACAUGGAGAAACAGGCUUUGGCUCUACUUACCCCGACCCACACGUGAUGGGAUAUGGUGCUGGCACGGGAAACGCUUCUGGAUUUGAGGACUUGAACUCAUUCUUUGAUUACUCGUUCGUGCCUAAUCAACGAGUCAGUAUGUUUGUUGGACCUCUGGCUCCGGAAAAAGACAACUCGCAGUAG